AUGAGAUUAGCGUACCUACUUAUCUCUGUGCUCUUUUCUCUUCAAAGAAUCGGACGGAUUCCGCAAAGUAUCACGGUAGCCACCAGGUUGGACGCACUAACUCCCCGUUCGCCUCCUCCGCCACCCCCAAAUCGCCCAGCGGGCCCAGCAAACGACUUGACAUGGGAGAGAUGCCGAGCUAAAGGCUGCACAUUCACUUGGGCCAUGCAAGCCAACGAUGCAGAUGUAGGCCCCACAUACGCCCCCGAACGCUCCACAGCUGGCAGUCCCUGGCGAAACUUCAACGAUCUACUCCUGUGGUUCUGGAGGCCCUUCCCCAACUCCCGCGUCGACGAGCGUUUCCACGAUUUCUACGGCAGGUACUGGGGCGUAGGCGACGCGCUUGAAGGCCUCGGUGUAAGCCCGUACUCUGAGUUAUACGAAGGCGGCAAGAAUAUCCUGUACUUUUUCGACCAUCAAAGUUACGACCCUGAGGAUCCGCCGGAUGUCAAUGACCAAAGGUAUCAGUUGGAAGAAGGCGGGAAGAUAUAUCGCGCUACGGGCGCGUCGUACUGUUUCUCGGUCAAUCCCUGGGAGGGUGUCAUCAUUGGUUUCAAUCGCAAGAGUCCGAGGUAUGCGGCCAAGGAGCGAGGACCGCCUGUGCCUGAGGAUGAGCUUCCGGCUGUCAGUCAGUUCUCGGACAUUGCCUGGCUUCACUGGGAUGGGGUCACGCGAGCUCGGCACACGGAGGUCACGAGCCUCCGCUACUUCCUCUCUGUCGGCAUCGACAAUACGGAGACGAAAUCUGUUAUCAGAAGGGCGAUGGACAGUAAGGGGUGGCAGUUGAGUGAGUGGCCGGGUCACACGUUUGAGCGGAGGUGGGAGGAGACACGGGCGAUUAUAGGUACACCCAACGUGCAGGGCUUUGCAUACCUCCUGAUUCAACACAAGGAUGUGCUUGGGAACAUGUUCAUCGACAAAGUGCAGGUUUUCCACGGCGAUACCACGCAUCAGAAUCCUUGUAUAGUCAUGCAUUUAUCGAAACCAAGAGUCGACAAUGUUGGUGUAGAGGGGAGGAAAGAUAGCGUGAGAACACACGUGAUACGCGCUCAGUUGUGA